AUGAAGACCUCUAUCGCCGCUCUUGUUACUCUGGCCGCUUUUGUUGCAGCAUCUGGCAAUUUUACGAGCAGUACGGAGAAGGCCUGCACGGGCGGGAAGAUUAUCCACUUUUGGAUUCCAAAGAACGACACCAAUCCAUGCCAGCCAUUGGACAAUAUCGGGUCACUCAGGGUCACCGAUCUUGAUCCUGGUUGCAGAUUUCGCGUCUUUGGGGAUCGUAACUGCGAUGUUGUCGAGAAGCAAGCUAAAUUUGAAGAGUGUACCCAAUUCGUCAACAAUACAAACUCCUUCAUCUACGACUGCCAAUAA